AUGCGCCUGAGCUUCGCGCGCGCGGUGUCGAACGCGCGCGAAUUCCCGCGCGCGAGCGCGAGGGAACGCGGGAACGCGCGACGAACGGCGAGGCGGGGUGGACGCGCGACGACGACGACGACGACGACGUGCGAGAUACGCACGCGAGACGCGGUGGAGAAGGCGUGCGCGGAAUUAGAGAUAUCGAUGGGCGACGCGCAGGAUGAACGGAAACUGAAACGGGCGUUUCGAGCGAGCGCGAUGCGAACGCACCCGGACAUCGCGGGCGACGCGAGCGGGGAGGCGUUUAAGCGCGCGCAGAGCGCGUAUCGAACGCUCCGGGUGGCUUUGCUCGAGCGCGAGGGGUCGCCGAGCGCGGCGGCGGUGCUAGGGGAGGGCGACGUGGAGUGGGCGGAGCACGAUUGGCGGUGGAAGGCGCGGUAUGGGGAUGGGCGGGAGGAGGCGACGUCGAGGCGAAAGACGGAGGAGGAGCGACGCGGCGAGGUGGCGGCGCAGUUGAAUCGGAUGAAGGCUGGGGAUCUGGGGGCGGCGAAGAAGCGCGGUAAACGGGUGAUUAAGCCGAUCGCGGCGCAGAGGAUACCGAGCGCGGAGGAGAUCGCGGCGAUGGAUUCGAACGCGAAGACGUCGUUUGGGAAAGGGCGGGCGAGUAGGAGUAGCACGAACUCGGCGCACGACGCUUUGAGCGCGCAAUUGGAGGGUUUGCAUCGUAAGAGGAACAUCAAGGCGCGCAUGGAGGCACCGGAAGUAUCGCCCGAUGAAGAAGCGCACACCGGCGUGCACUACUCGACGAUUAAAGCGAUUGAAGAUAGCGAGGAGGAACGAUUUUUGCGUCUCGCCAAGCUCGCGCGCGAGUGGAGAUCGAAGCAGGCGAGUUGGCGUGAAACGGGAUCGAGCGAUAAGAUGACGCCCAAAGAACUUCUUCAGGCGGCAGUACAAGGCGCAUCGCUCGGGGCGUGCGCGUGA